GAUUUUUAAACAUCCACAUCCCGCUCAGUCUCUUCCCAUUCCAAAAGCUGCUUCUUUCAAAGAAAAAAGAGAAGAAAGAAAAGAACUUUGGAGCUUUCUCUCUCUGAGCUCCUACCUCUAUCUCUCUUCAAUGGAGGUGGUGGUAAUGGAGCUUUCAAGAUAUAGAUAGACCCAGUUGCAGGAUUAUUCUUACAUCAAGAUUUAGUGUCUGCACUGUUUUCUGUUGUGGAACAGAAUCUUUGCAGACAUGAAAGAAAAUAGUGUCACUUUGAAAGCUGGAGAGCUCCCUUGUCGAUUGACUCGUGCUCGAGCUGCUGCAUUUCGUGCAUCAGGACAGCUUCCACCACUGAAGGAACCAGCAAAGCAGCAGAAUCAGAAGCAGCCGCAGCUGCGAGCCAAUCCAAAAAGAGCAGUUUCUGAUAAUGCUUGUCUUCAGCGCAAGAAGAGAGCUGUUCUUCAGGAUGUUACUAAUGUUUUCUGUGAGAAUACUUACAGGAGCUGUUUCAAUUCAACUAAAAUUCAGGGUAAGAAGUGCAAGCUGGCAAAGGCUAGUCGAAUCAAUGUUUCCAAAGUGGCGCCUUCUGCUGCUGCGCAGCAACAUGUUCGAGUUCACUGCAAAACAAAGAGUUUUCCGGAGCCAGGUCUUAAAUCAGAAGAUGCAUCUUGUUCAAUUAAUUCAGAAAAUAAUGCACUCAUUAGGCUAAGUGUGAAAGAGAGUGGCAAGGAUGAUAAAACUCAUGUAUCAGGAAUCUCUCCUCUGCCUUUGAUUUUGCAGAAGAAAGCCAAGAAGUGUAGCCCUUUUCCAAUUGCAUUAAGGGAUCCAGAGAUUGCUAACAUAGAUGAUGAUAAUGAAGAUCCUCAGUUGUGCAGCCUCUAUGCUGCUGAUAUCUAUAACACCUUGCGAGUUUAUGAGCUCGCAAGAAGGCCGAAUCCUAACUUUAUGGACACAAAGCAGCACGACAUUACUCAAAGCAUGCGCGGGAUACUGGUCGAUUGGCUUGUAGAGGUUUCUGAGGAAUACAGAUUGGGACUAGACACUCUUUAUCUCACAGUGUAUCUCAUAGAUUGGUUUCUCUCCAGAAAUUACAUAGAAAGACAGAGACUUCAGCUACUUGGGAUCACAUGCAUGUUAAUCGCCUCGAAGUAUGAAGAAAUUAAUGCCCCACGAAUCGAAGAUUUUUGCUACAUCACAGACAACACAUACACGAAAGCAGAGGUACUGAAAAUGGAGAGCCAAGUGUUGAAAUCUUCUGGAUAUCAGCUUUUUGCUCCCACUACAAUAAGUUUCCUCAGGAGGUUUCUUCAAGCUGCUCAAGCAUCAUCCAAGAGUCCGAGCCUUGAAUUGGAGUACUUGGCCAACUAUCUAGCUGAACUAACAUUGAUGGAAUAUAGUUUCUUGAAUUUCCUUCCAUCUACCAUUGCUGCAUCAGCUGUGUUCCUUGCCAAAUGGACAUUGGAUCAGUCAAAACAUCCAUGGAAUCCAACUCUUCAGCACUAUGCUUGUUACAAAGCAUCAGAUUUGAAAACCACAGUUCUUGCAUUACAAGAUCUGCAGUUGAAUAUCAAUGGAUGCCCUCUAACUGCGAUUCGCUCGAAGUACAGUCAAGACAAGUUUAAAUGUGUAGGGUCCUUGUCUCCACCAAAACUACCUGAAACUAUGUUCUGAAGAAUGAAGAUUUAUCAAUGAUUGACAAUGACAAUUAAAUGCAAAAAGGGACUCCUAAGUUAUAUGUACACUACUCAUCACAGAAAAUCUUGUUUCUAAUCUAAUCUUUCCAUUCAUUUUUUUUAUCCUAUUCUUUUCUGAAUAUCUUUGUAAAUACAUUAUUUCAUCAUUUUGGCUAGGGUUCAUGCUGAGUUGUUUGAGAUAGAACCACAAAGCCAAGAUUAGGCACCUUCUUGCCUUGGAUAAUUUCUUAACAAAAUGCAACAUCUUAUGUGACAUUUCUCAAACUCAAAUGUGAUGAAUAUUAUUAUUGUUCAGUGGGGAUGUAACAAAAUGACAAGAUCUUAGGCCUUUGGAACA